CCAAGACCGGUGACCGGGCAUAUAGCCACUCCGUUGAUAAAUUCGUUUGUUUUUAUAGGUUAUGUUAUGAUACCAAAAUUGGUGUCAUUCUAUUAUAAAUCAGUGCUCUUCUGUUAGCUGCUGUGUUUGAGUUAGGAUGGAAAUAAAUGACAAUUACAUUCCAAUAAAACAAGGAGCAGAAGGAAAACUUUAUAAAGGAGUAUAUUUGGGUAAAGAAGUCAUUAUAAAAGAGAGGUUUAAAAAAUUAUACAGGCAUCAUGAUUUAGAUGAACACUUAACAAGAGAAAGGAUGAAGGCAGAAGCUAAAGCUAUAAUCAGAAGUAAAAAUGCAGGUGUUUACACUCCGGCCAUCUACUUGGUAGAUUUUGACAAUAGGCUAAUAGUCAUGGAAGAGAUAGAGAACAGUGUGACUGUGAAAGAUUAUAUUAACAAAGUUAUAGAUGACCCUGAUGGAAAUGAAUCUACUGAUAACAAACUGAAUAGCGUUUCCUCUGAAAUAGGAUCUGCGAUUGCAAAACUUCACAAGAACGGUAUUGUCCAUGGAGAUCUGACAUCAUCAAACAUGUUGGUCCGAGAAGAUGGAAAAGGACUUGUCUCAAAACUGUUCUUGAUUGAUUUUGGUCUAAGUCAGUUGGAUGCCAGUCCAGAAGAUAAAGGUGUGGACCUGUACGUGUUAGAGCGUGCCUUAAUUAGUACCCAUAAGAAUGCAGAAGAACUCUUCAAACUGAUUUUAGAUGCUUAUAAAAAGGUGUAUAAAAAGGGGGGUUGCCCAGAAGUGUUGAGCAAGUUGGAAGAAGUCAGGGCUAGAGGUAGAAAAAGGACUAUGGUUGGUUAAACCACCAAGACCAUUUAAAUGAUUUUUCAUUACCACUGUAAAUAAUUAAAACAAAAAUAAAAAUCUGAGAUUGUUUUAAAAAA